AUGGAUAGCAGUUCAGUGUUUAGCAGGGGCAGUAGCAACACUUUGACCAAGGCAUCGCGCAGACAUGUUAGUGUUAUUAUCACUGAUGUGCUGGACAUUGGUUGUUCAUAUGAGAUAUACAAGAAGAGAGAUACGUGUUCUGAAUUAAUAUCGCUACGAUAA